UUCGUGGAAGAGGCUGCAGAGGGGGGCGGCGCCCGACUGCACCGGAAGUCUCAAUAUAAAUUAACUUAAAUCCAGUAGAAAAAAAUCAACUUUUUCGGCGUUUCUGCAGCGUGAGCUUCACACCUCGCUGCUUUUCUCUUCUACACGGAUUCAUGCUUUGGAGAAAAAUACACGUAUGUUUAAUUUUCUUGUGCACUUUUUAAAGUGAUGUUCAACCAGGUAAAGCUGGAUCUUAUUGUGUGCAGCGUUGAUGUGAACCCGACUUACACGACAGAUUUAGAGAAGGAACCAACCGUACAUGUUAGGCAAAGAGACGGCCUUUACAGGGAAACAUAAAACUCUUUUUAGGACCAGUUUGUGUUUAUUUUGCAGUCGAGCGCUAAAAACUUGUGUCAGUCCAGAACUUGGCCGCUUCCUGAUGUUUUAGGGAAAGUGAAGCAGCAGAAAGUUUGUCCAGGUAGAUUCAGAUAUUCGAGUUUCUCUCAGGUUUCAACAUCAACACAAGUAAGAGUCGUUUUAGCCUGCUUUUGCUCAACUCAACUCAGCAAAUAUAUAUUUUAAACUUUAAUUUUCUCAUGUUUCUCAAAGUUGAAAUUUGAAGUUAAAUUAGAUUUUUUACUCUUUCCUGGCAGGAUGUGUAAAGACAUGUAAAUUUUGAAUAUUGUUAGACAUAUUUUUAGAAUGAAAAAUUAAUCUUUGAGAGGCACCUUCUAUGAUUGUGCAUAGAUCAGACAAGGUGGGGCACAGGGGAGUCCAUCAGCUUCUCUGUGAGGCAUGUAAUGCAAAGGGAAAAUUACAGCGCUGACUACAAAGUCAUUCCUUAAAAAUGCAAUUUCAUGUUGAACCAUGCAUGAGAAUUCUUUAAAGGCGCUGGAAUGAAAAACAAAAACAGGGGCAAGUUUCACCUUGUUUCAGUUCAAUGUUUGAACCUUUAUUCCUGUAGAUCUGUUGGCUUCAGGUUCUCUGGUAUUUUAUGGCUAAGAGGUGUUGUGAAUAUUUUUUCAUAGUGGACUGAACUUAUUUGCAAAGGAGGCACUUAUCUGUUCUUCUGUAAUGCUUUUAAAUUACCUUGAAACUUUUUAGCUCCUGUCUGUUUUGGAGGAAACGGCUUAUUAAGAGAGUGUUUAUUUCUUUUUCCACAGAGAAAUGUUCCUGUAUAUCCUGGGACUGGUGCUGCUCUGGUUCAUCUACCGCUGGUACAAGGAGGGCCAAAGAGUUACAAACGUAGAAGAUAAAUAUGUCUACAUCACCGGCUGCGACACUGGCUUUGGUAAUCUCCUCGCCAAGCAUCUAGACAAGCUGGGGUUCUGCGUGAUUGCGGGCUGUUACACUGAAAAAGGUGAAGAUGAGCUAAAGAAGACUGCCUCUGACAGACUGUCAACCAUCCACCUGGAUGUCACAGACUCUGAAAGUGUUGCCAAGGUAGCAGCUUUCAUCAAAACUCUGGUCGGACAAAAAUGUGAGUGGAUUUGAUCAUUUUAUUGGCUUACUUAAAUUCUGUUUCAUGACCCGUCUGUUGCAAACUGUAUGUUUAAACUUGGUCAUGUGAGCUGUGUUUGUCUUGUCACGUUUUAGCUUCUGGUGGGUCAGUAGUCUAUUUCAGCAUAAAUUUGGGAAGGGAGAAACAGGUUUUGCAGCCCUGGUCAGGGUAAUGUAAUCCUAUGCAGACACAAUCUGCUGUGUCAUGGUUCAACUAAACAAAAGCGAGAAAGAAAAAAAAAACUUGAGAAGAGCACAAAGUUUUGCAUAAACUAACACCCCCAGAAUACUCACACUUAUGACGCAUAUAGUAAGGAACAAUUGCACGUUAAAACAUGCAACAUGCUUAACAAAACAGCCAUUCAGUCUGUACAAAGGAUGAUGGGUUGGUCACAAUGUGCUGUCACUACACCAUCAUACCUUUUGAGGUUAAUCCUGACGCAGAAAGUACAUUCACACAAUCACAAUAAUCAGAAAACAGGGAAUGUUCAGUUAGUGGUAAUAAUCUACUUUCAUGUGUUUACAUGCAAAAAAAACCUGUUCACAUGAUCCUGUAACUGAAUUUCUUUCCACAAGGACAAGAUGUGAAGUUUUUAGAUUUCAUGUCUUGUCACAGCCACUCAGGGUUUCAUCAUCAGCUGUUUAUUGUGCUGUCACCCUCUGCGUUAUCUCCAUGAGCAGAAAUCAAAAAACUUCUAUAAGCAGGCAUCUGAUUUUGGUCGCAGCUCCUGUUUCCUCCAUUCCUACCUGAACUCUGUGCUUGCUGGAUACAGAGUCAGAGGAACGACUGGUGGGAAAGAGUUGUGCUAAAGGAAUUAUUAGAUAACAUGAACGAGAGACAAGUUCAGUGUUUGCCACUUCUGUUUGUCUUUUUUUACUAAUUUGCAGGUGAGAUACAACAAAAGAAAUGGAUUAUUGGGUGAAAAACUAUGAGUGUUUAUCUGAACUUUAAAAAAUCAAUCAUGGUCGUUAUCAGGACUACAGGUUAUGCUGUUAUGUUAUGUGAUGACUUGAGUAAUCAGAUGACUUUAAAAAUCAGAAAAAUGAGUGUGUGAAUAUAUAUACUGUACAGGCCAAAAGUUUGGACACACCUCCUCAUUCAAUGUCUUUUCUUUAUUUUUCGUAUGACUAUUUAAAUAGUAGAUUAUCACUAAAGGCAUCAAAACUAUGAAUGAACACAUGUGGAAUUUUGUACUUAUAAAAAAAGUGUGAAAUAAUUGAAAACAUGUUUUCUAUUCUAGUUUCUUUAAAAUAGCCACCCUUUGCUCUUGAUGACAGAAGAACUUAGUGACUGACUCUUUCAGUCACGAAGUAACCCUGACGAGGCACACCUGAGAAGUAAAAACCAUUUCAGGUGACUACCUCAUGAAGCUCAUUGAGAGAACAGCAAAAGUUUGCAGCGCUAUCAAAAAAGCAAAGGGUGGCUACUUUGAGGAAUCUAUAAUAUAAUACAUGUUUUCAGUUAUUUCACACUUUUUUCUUACGCACAUAAUUCCACGUGUUCAUACAUAUUUUUGAUGCCUUCACUGAGAAUCUACAAUUUAAAUAGUAAUGAGAAUAAAGAAAAUACAUUGAAUGACAAGGUGUGUCCAAACUUUUGGCUUGUACUGUGUAUAUAUAAACCAUAGACUGUAUAUAGAACGGACACAAUCUGCCUCCUCGUUGGGUGAAACCAUUGUGAGAACAGCACCCUCUGGUGACGGGCUGCAGUAUAGGUCAUAAAGCCCGCCCCCUCUAGCAAUCCCUAAGGAGCUGUGGACAAACUUUACAAAUUUAUUACACAGAAUAUACAUUUUUCUCUUGCUUGGUUGCGAUGUUGACAUGUAGUUACUGUAAGACUGGUUUGUGCUCAAGUCCUCUUUUUUUCUGUGCAUCGCCAUUUUUAAAAGUUAUUAGGGGGUUCAUGUUUUCUAUGAAUCCCAGAAAUACCAAGAGCAACUUGGCUUCAAAUUUGUAUAAUGACAGAGGGCGGAGUCAAAUUGUCCAUAGUAUAUACAGUCUAUGAUAUAAACUUACUGUGUAUGUCAGAGUUUAAAGUCAGUUCAACAGUUGGCUUAUUUGACUCAAUAAGUGACAGACUACUGGGAAGUUCAAUAGAUAUCAUUUCCCAUUUUCACUUCAUCUUUUAACACGACCAACAGUUAACAUCAACAGCCAUUUGCUAAGCAGCUGCUUUAAUGGUUCCCAUUUUCCUCACAAUUCUGCAGGAAAAGUGAGAAAUAGAGAACAGAAUAAUCGCCAUGAAACAGUGCUGUUUACUGUGCUGUAAAACAAGUCUGUUGCACAAUUAAGUGUACAGUUAAACAGUUAAAAUGUUGAGUGCACUGUAAAAAUAAUUCUUGCACGUUGCAUUUGUGAUGCACAGCAAUCUAAUGUUGCACAUUCAAAAGUAAAUACGGCAGUGAAAUAGGACAUAAAUUGCAGAUUUUGUCCAGAGACUACACCCAACAGUCAAGUUUACUGUUCAACAAUAAAAGUAAAAAAAUGCUAAUCUCUCUGAAUGUCUUAUUUUGUAUUGUGUUAUUGUUGUAUUCAUGUUUUCACAGACCUGUGGGCUGUCGUGAAUAAUGCUGGAGUUGGUUUCCCAUCUGGUCCCAAUGACUGGCUCACCAUAGAUGAUCACAAAUCCAUGCUGGCCGUCAAUCUUGUGGGCCUCAUUGAUGUAACACUGAGCGUCCUGCCUCUCAUUAAGAAGGCCAGAGGCAGAGUGGUGAACGUGGCCAGUGUGUUUGGGCGGAUCAGCAUGUUUGGUGGACCGUACUGCGUGUCCAAAUAUGGAGUGGAGGCCUUUUCUGACAGUCUGCGGUAAGAGAAAACUCGGUUUUCCAUCAAUGCAUUGGGAUUUUCACAAGUGUGUAUUUGACUUCAGUCACCUCCUGUAUGUGUUUUUCAGUUUGGACAUGGCGCAUUUUGGAGUGAAGGUGUCCUGCAUCGAGCCUGGCUUCUUCCGAACAGGUUUGACUGAUAAAGAGUAUGUCAAUAACAGCAUCACUAAAAUUUGGGAGAGACUACCUCAGGAUGUGAAGGACGACUAUGGAACUCCCUUCUACAAGACAUGUAAGUUACUGCAACUUUUUGGAUAAGCAUUACAAGAACAAUGAUGAACUCUGUCUGCUUAAUUUGUUCAGUUGCCAUCAGUAGAGAGCUAAAUCUGUGUGUCUGGAAUUAUUUGUUUUUUGAGUGAGACAUUUGAAUACAGUAUGCAGUAUAAAUAAAACUGUGUUAUGUGGAAAUUCAGAAUCAGAUCAAUAAUGUAAAAAAAGAGGUUGCAGUAGAGGUUACAGAGUGCAUAAGGAAAACAUCCCUGAACAAUCAAUAACAUUUAAAAUUCAACUCCACAGGGGAUGUUAGGACAAUCCAGAGAUUUAAACCAUUGGGUUUUUGUCAAUUUAUAUUUCAGGUGCACUAUAUAAAUAAGUGAGGUUUCAUCUUUGUAAUAAUGUCAUUUUAAUGUUACCAAGAGACACCUGAGUUAGCAAAACAACAACAACCAUGCUGCACACUUCAAGUCCCACAACUUUAUUAGUAACUUUUUUGUCUUGUUUGCAGUUUUAUUUGAUGCAAGAACAGUUUCUUCAAUGCCAUUAACAAACAAGUCUUCACUGGAGAGUAGAGGAGAGUUCAUGAUAACAUGCAAGAAAGGUCAAAGGGCUGGGUUCCAUACUUAUUUCCCUGAAACCCAAUUUUUCUGGUUAAUCUUAGCACCGUUGUAGUCACUCAAUUUUGUGUUCUGAUCCAAGUAAACUUUGUCUGUAGUCCGUACCCAUAUUUAGCACCAACAUAUAAAGCUCUUUCUAGGAAACUUUACAAGUUCAAAUAAGAAACGUACAGGCUUUUUAAAAGUCAACAAAUGUCUUCUCUUUAAGCUAUGGACAUGUGUGAACUGCGGAUUAAACAGCUGGCUGACGGGGACCUGAUGAAGGUGGUCAGGAGUAUGGAGCACGCCAUCUCUGCCGUUCACCCUCGGGUUCGCUACUCUGUGGGAUGGGACGCCAAGUUCCUCUGGCUUCCUCUGUCCUACAUGCCCACCUGGAUCUGUGACGGAUUGAUACUUAGAGGUGGUGCAAAACCAAAAGUAUCUGUAUUGUAGUUUCUGUGUAGUUAGGGUUGAGCAUAAAUGGCACUUACCUCAAUAUAUAUUUUGUUAAAACUAUGACAGUUUCUUAGCAUUACUAAAACAAUAAUAAAUCCGUAUUUCUGUAUAAUAAAGCCUGUUUGCCUCUUAA